UGAGGAGGAUUUAUUUGGAUGGUUGUGUUGUUUUUUUGACACUCACUCACACAGACACAGUCACUCACACACUCAAGCCACUGCUGUUAACCAAAUGGAUCAGAGUCCCACCAAGUCCCAGAAGUUUGGGAGAAGCACAGACGAGAUGAGCAAAGUGGUACCCAAGAAAUCCAACCUCCUCCAGUACCUGGGGACCCUCCCAACAGUCAUCUGCUUCAUGUUCUCACUCACCUCGAUGGCCUUUUGUUUGCUGCUCAAUUUUAAGACUUCGGGUUUGCAGGACAGAGUCAGACUGCUGGAGAGUCAGAGAGGCAGAGUUUUUGUCCAAGGGACGCCAGACACUCCAGAUCUACUGGCUGUGCUGCAGAGAAGGUUGGACCAUGUCCUCCAGGAGAGAUUAAAUGAUGGGUUCGCAAAACUCAGGACAGUCAGAGAAGUUCCAUCUGGAUGUCUGUGUCCACCAGGCCCUCCAGGAAAACGAGGCAGAGCGGGGAGGAGAGGAGUCCCUGGACCUCCUGGAGAUUCAGGACGAGACGGUUUUCCGGGUCCCCUUGGCAUGGAUGGAAAGCCAGGGAUUCCAGGUCAACAAGGACCUUCUGGAACCAAAGGAGAGAAGGGCGAGCAAGGGGAUCCCGGCCCAAGGGGCCUGUCUGGUUCUUCUGCAGGAUCAGCACUUUACAGUAAUCAGAUCCUAACCGUGAAGGGCGAUCAAGGUCAGUCUGGGCUCCCGGGACCACCAGGUCCUCCCGGCCCAAUCGGCCCUCCAGGAAAUAUGGGACAAGUUGGUCUGAGAGGAAUUCCAGAAUCCAGACACAUUAGUCAUUUUGAGAUAACACAGGGCCAGCUUCCUCUUGUUAGUAAUAUCAAGGAAAACAUCUUCAACAUGAGCAUUGCAACCAGUGUUUUACAGUGCAAAAGGAAGAAGUAA